AUGGCGCUUCCGCUUACCCGUCACAAAAUAAUCAGUUUCAAAAUACAGUGCAGGGUGCAGGUCGUCGAUGCGUCUAUGGAUCCACGUGUUUGUCAAGUUAAAUUGUAUGUUAAAGACAUGAGCAGCAGAAUAAAGGUAGAUGGGGUCGCCAUCAGUACACAGAACUUCACUAUUAAGGACGCUGAAGUCAUUUCCGUAUACCCUAACCUGGGCCCCAGAUCCGGGGGCACCAACAUGACUAUAUUUGGGCGGAAUCUUGAAGCUGGAUCCAACAUUUCUGUGUACAUAGGGAACAUAUCUCGCUGUUUUAUUAUCAGUGUUUCUAAAGAUGGGAUAAACUGCACGACAGAACGGCUGUUUUUAUUUCCCGACGAUGUAGACGACAGCGCUAACGUCAGCACGACAUUUUCCCCGCCGUGUGGUGAAAUUAUUGUCGUCAUCAACAAAGCCACUUUGAAAUCUACUGACCUCUUCUGUUAUUUCAAAGAUCCUGAUAUUUCCUCCAUAACUCCAAAGCGCACCAUUGAAAGUGGCGGUCUCCUUAUCAACGUGACUGGCAGCAACCUCAACACGAUCGCCCGACCUAGAAUUGGAAUCAGUGUUAACGGUUCUUCAGAAUCAUCAAAGCUUGGGGAUUGCCAUGUCCACCAAGGAGGACGAGUCAUGAUCUGUCAAUCACCUGAAACGGGGCGUGUCCUUGAUGGAGGAAACAAAGUUUCCGGUCAUAUCUGGUUUGAGAUGGAUGGCGUGGACGAAAUGAGAAACUUUUCACAGUACUACCCAUCCCUCAGUACAUUCUCAGUCUACCCUGACCCCGAUUUGCUGCCGUUCAACGGAUCAGAGCUUCCCACCAUCAAGCCGAAUACACGACUUGAAAUACAGGGAAGCGGUAUGAAAGGCGUCAUUUCAGAGAGUGAUAUCAUCAUUCUGAUUGGUCCAAAUACUUGCAGGCUAAUUGUCGUACACAUGACACGUGUUGUUUGUACACCUCAGUUUCCCGCGCAAACAGUCUCGCUUCCAGUCAGGGUGAAAAUAGGAAACCUGGAGUUUAAGAUUGGCGUCAUCACACUGUCUGGGGUCGGGCAGCAGACACCUCCCCCAGCCGCGGGGACGACGCUUCCCGUGUCGACCGACCUGCUGAUCGGUCUGUGUGUCGGCGGUGCAGUGUUCGUUACGAUAGUUACAGUUGCCUUGAUUAUGGCGGCGAUCAAGUGCAGAAGUGUGAAAGAACACAAGCCUUUGUCGGAGUAUUCUUCCUCAGACGGUUAUCAGCUGAGUCCUACACAAGUCAUACAGCGAACACUCGACUCGUUCACAUUGGAGAAAAUCAACUCUUGUAAUAUUCUUAUACCACGUGACUUGCUAACGAUUGGUGACGUCAUUGGUUCAGGUAAUUUUGGAUGUGUUCACGAAGGCUACUUAAAGGGAGACAACAAUGAGAGUGUUUCAAGAAAGGUUGCAGUAAAGAAUUUACAAGAAAGCUCCACCCAGAUGGUUGAUUUCAAGGCGUUCGUGGAGGAGGCGCUGCUAAUGAAGGACUUCAACCACCCCCACGUCCUGUGUCUAGUGGGAAUCACCCUCACUGACGAUCGUCAGCCCCUGGUCGUACUGCCCUACAUGGAGAACGGGGAUCUUCUCAAAUACGUCAGCAGUGACACACAGGUAGUAACUGUGAGAGAUGUGAUCAGAUUCGGUCAGGACAUUGCUGCAGGGAUGUUCUACCUGGCUAAUCUCAAGUUCGUCCACAGGGACCUGGCUGCCAGGAACUGCAUGCUUGACGAGUGUUUUCGAGUGAAAGUGGCCGACUUUGGUCUUUGCCGCGAUAUAUACGAGAAGGGAUAUUAUUCUAGUGACAACAAAAAGAAACUGCCGAUACGCUGGAUGGCGAUGGAGAGCAUAGACAAGGGAACAUACUCGUCCAAAUCUGAUGUGUGGUCCCUAGGGAUCGUAUUGUGGGAGCUCCUCACCCGAGGUAUUACUCCCUACCCAGGAGUCGACGGCUGGGAUAUCAUUCGCUUUCUUCAGCUGGGUAAAAGACUCUUCAGACCCUGGUUUUGUUCUGAGAAUCUAUAUCAGCUACUGCUGCAAUGCUGGUCAAAGGACCCGAGUGACCGGCCAACAUUCCAUAUGAUAUCUGAAUACUUGGAGAAAAUCCUCAAAGAUCUGGACACGAUGUCUGAAUCCGAGACGGAAAUCACCAUGUCAGAAUGCUGCCAGUACCGAGAAAGUGUACUAUCAUGUCAUGAGUAUCUUGUACCGGAGGGUUCCAUGAGCCAUUCGUAUCAUACACAGAAUGACCCACUUACGGAUCCUCAACAAGACGGCUCUACGACGAAUCAUCGCUAUCAUGCGCUGAAUAACCGAGGACAGGAAGAUCCCACGAAUCACUCCUAUCGUACGUUGAAUGAUCGAGAACCUGGGGGUCCCACGAAUCACUCCUAUCGUACGUUGAAUGAUCGAGAACCUGGGGGUCCCACGAAUCACUCCUAUCGUACGUUGAAUGAUCGAGAACCUGGGGGUCCCAUGCGCCAUUCGUAUCAUACGCUGAACGAUCGAGUAGUGGGGAUUCAACAAGAGCUCAUUCCACAAGUCAAAAAUAGUCAUGAUGACGAUAACUCUUUGAAUGUUUCGAAGGAACGUCACUUUCUGGAACCUGCGACACCCACGAAGACGGCCCGAGAGCGUGAUGGCUCUUGUGAACCUCUCCGCGAAUUCGACAUUAAAGAUUCAGCAUCUAAAAACCAGUAUUUCGAAUUGGAAAAAGGCCUUCAUGGACUCAGUCAUCCGGGCAUGGACCUGAACGUCAGUUGUGUUGAUUCUAUAGUUCAUGACACAACAAACGACCCAUAGAUACACUUAUAAUUAAAGGGACUGUCCUGCAUUUGCUGCAUUGUAAGAUGUUUGCGACUAAUAAAAUCUUUUAACGAUUACAAUUACAUACUAAAUACAUUUUCCUGUUUAGAAUAUUAGUGUCUGUAUAUUUAAUUUGUUUCUGAUCGUGUUAAUAUUUGUAAGUAGCCCAUGCUAGAUUUGGUCUCCAAAUAGUGACGUAAGUACGAAAACAAAUAUAUCAUAAAAUAAAAUGAAAUUUGACCUAGUACAACACUAAGACGAUCAGAAACAUAUUUAGUAUACAUCCACUGAUAUUUAUGCGGACAAAUAUAUUUAAUAAAUAAUUACUGUUAUUAGUAAGUGGGGCGAGCCAUAGCCCAGUGGUAAAUCAUUGGCUUGAUGCGCGGUC